UUUACAGCUGGCUUUUCAUUUCUCUCGAUACAUACAACAAAAAAAAUAUAACAAAUAAGAUUUGCGAUUAUGUUUGCCAGCCAAAGCCAAAAGGUCAUGGAUUUUAUAGAGUUCUUGGCCAACUCGCAGCGUCUAACCCAAUGGCGUCCGACUGGCAGAGCAGAGCUGAUGUAUAUAACACUCUCGCAUGAGUGCUGCGAUCUCGAUUCGGUGGUCUGCACUCUGGCUGUGGCAUAUUUGCACUAUCGCAAUCCGGGGACCUUGAAGCACAACUAUAUGCCGGUGUUGAAUAUGCUGCGACGCGACUUUCCGAGCAAGUCGGAGGUGCGUUUUCUACUCGAGCAGCAGCAAAUCACGGCGGAUCAUCAUCUGGUCUUUCGUGACGAUGUGCCUGAGGAGCUGUUGCUGCGCAGUCGCUACAUCUUGGUCAACCAUCACGUCAGCCCCUUUCACUAUUGCACCGAGGAGGUCUACGACUAUCGGCCCUAUCAAUGCGAGGCAGCUCGGCUGCCCAUCUACUGCCAGCGUGUCAUGCAUCCGAUGCGUUCGUGUGCCGCAUUGAUUGUUGAGCGCUAUGACAGUGCCAUCUAUAAUUAUGCGAACGUCCAAUGUCCGCGUGUCUACGAGCUGCUGCAUGCCGCCCUCCUCUUGCAGAACAACAAUUUCGCCCAGUACUCGAGUGAGAAGCAGCUGGAGGAAGUGCGCGACUACCAGCUGAUGCUCUAUUUGGAAAAGAAAUUGGGUGUCUUGCAGGCGCCGCAGCGCAGCAUUUUGUACGGCGCUUUGGUGGCAGCAAUGUUCGAUUUAAACGCGCUGACACUGCCACAGAUAUUGCGACGCGAGUUCAAGCUGCUGCGUGCCAACAAUGGCAGCCAUCUGGUGCGCAUCGCCCAGUGCUGUUUCCCCAUGGCUGUCACCCGUUUCAUUUCGUUCGAGUUCGCCCAGCUGGCACUGCAGCAGUUUGGCUCCGAGCACAACUGCGAUUUCAUUCUGCUGCUGGGCACAAGUAUGCGGCCAAAGGGUGCGCUGGCUGUCAAGGAACUCGCUUUGAUCCCUCUGGAUGCGUUGCGUAAUAUGCAGGAUCGUCGUUUCUUCGAUCAUUUAAUUGUCAAUUUGAACGAUGCGGAGCAACCAUUUCUUGGCCUCGAUCCGUAUCGUGGUCUGCACUUUAUGCAGGGCGCUUUCUUCUUUCUCAAAGCAUGGAAUAUUCAAUUUUAUGAUAUGCUGCAUCUUGUGCAGCGCAUCAUCUAUCAUUGGGUCUCCGAGUAUUUGUAUCCAUGCAAAUAGUUCGACUCACAUAUGUUCGCUUUAAGUGUACAUUCAAUUUGAAAUAAAGUCUUUCUUUAAA